CCUGGAGGGGGCAAGUGUUCCCUCGAAUGGCGGUGGGAAGGCAGAGUGGCUCGAGCCAGAUCUCAAGCAGGGUCCCCAGAAGUCAGCCCAGUUAAUAAUCAGCUGCCUGCUCAAGUCACGUGAAUUUGGAGAAACCGAAAUUUAAAGAGCCAGCCUAACCUGCCUAUAAAAAGCCUUGAAAGAUUCAGGGUGGGAUCCCAGGAUUUCAGAAGGUUUUACUGAAGACACAUCUUAGAGACUUGUCGCAUUUCUAAGAUGUCAAUAUUUACAAUUUGGAGUUGUCAGCCUUCUUCAAAGAUAACGUUUUGGAAAUCAAAAUGACAGUGUUCUCUGAAGUUUUAGAGCAGUUAUACGAGAAGGUCCUGCUUGGAGCGGCACUUGAAAAUGACAGCCAUGAUUACAUCUUUUACCUUGACCCAGCAUUUUCAGAUCAAGAUCGCUCAACAGCCACCUCCUCAGAAAGGCCAAACACCUGUGGUGUCCUUAGCACGCAUCAGCCACUCCCUGUCAGUGUGGCUACCACUGCUGUAGCACCUGCAUGUCUGGAGAGCAACUCUCAAGUGCCCAGUGCCCGAGAAAUAAUGCUCCUUCAGUUAACAGUGAUCCAAGUGAUGAUAACCAAGACACUGUCCAUUGAAACUGAGUUUCUUGCAAAGGAGAAAUACAAAGAUAUUAUUACAAUUCUUUUAGAAUCAGCUGAAGUCGAUUCUAAAUUACUCCGUAUGUUCCAGAAUUCAGAUAAGUUGUUAUCUCACAUGGCUGCCAAGUGCCUUGCAUUGCUUCUCUGUUUCCAGUUGAGAGAAAAGAUAACAUUAAGUAAUUCCUGGAUUACUUUUUGCCAGAAAAAUCUUUCUGAAUACUCUGAGAGUGAUAAUGUAGUAUACUGCCUCUGGACUCUUACAGCUGUGAUAAAAGAAAUCUUUAAAGAUACAUGUUUACAAAAAACAGAAAUUCUAAAGCAGUUCCUGGCUCCUUUUGAUACUAUUUUUGAAGUGUCUUACAAUUCCUUAUUUUCUGAACAUUUUGAAAAUGUCCAUGAUACUUCUAAAUUAAUAAACAGCUUGAUGUGUUUCCUGGAAUUACUUGAACUUCUCAUAGCCUCCAGAAUCUACAUGAAGUUACAUUUCACUUGCCAGAGGAUUUUAUUUUUGAAGCCUUCUUGUGUGCUAGACAUUAUUACGUGGCCUAUUCAGGCAUUUGUCAAAAGGAAGUUCAUCAUAUUCAUCAAAAAGUGUAUUCUCUAUAAAGUGGGUGAAGAUCUCUUUCAAGCAACUAUGCCUGCCUUAAUGCCAGGAGACCAUCAUUUAGACAUGGACAUGUUGGCUUUAGCUAAUGCUGUUUUGCAGGCUGUGAAUUUGGGGUUGUUGAAGACAUUGUCUGUUCAUGGAAAACCUUCCUUCUUUGGAGGUGAUGAAGUUCAGCCUGGAUGUGAACAUAUCUCUGGUCCAGAUCAUGUGAUCCUUAGAGCAGUGAGCUUACUUAUAGUGAAAUCCUUAGAAAUCAGGUUUCAAAAUUGUACUUCAGCAAAUGAAAUAAAAGUUGAUUUACAGAGGUUCAUGUCUGAGUUACUGACCUUCUUAAAGCCUCACCUUCCACCCUCUCUGCAAUUACACAAUACAUGUGAAUGGCUGUCUAGGGUCUUCAUAGAACAAGAUGAUGACAUGCUAGAGGCUGCUAAAGCAUCAAUGGGCAUCUACCUAAAGUUGACCAGAGAAUGUGAAGCUACUGAAAAGCUGACCCAAGAAAAAGAAAUGUGGAACCAUCACACACAUGAAAAUGGCUAUAAUCCUCACUGUAUUUUCUUAUUCUUCUUAAAAAAUAUAGGAUUUGAUUCUACAGUUCUUCUUGACUUUUUGAUUUCAUCAGAAACCUGUUUUCUUGAAUAUUUUGUGAGGUAUUUAAAAUUAUUGCAAAAAGACUGGAAUAAUUUUUUCACCAUUUGCAAGUACUUUGAUGCAACUGAAUCUAAAUGUGGCAUAAAUAUUUGUAAUUUUGUUCCCUCACUUAUCCAAGACAGAAGCGCCAACCAAACAACACCUCAUCGUUUGACUGCUCUUGAUAGUCACAUAAAUGCUUCUUCUUGGGUCUCCUGGGCUUCUGAACCACUGAACCAGGUUAUGAUGUCCAAGAAGACCCACACCAUCGGGGCUCACGGUCUCUCUUCCUUCCAUGCUUCUCAAAGUCUGGUAGAUUAUGACAGCUCUGAUGAUUCUGAAGUGGAAUCCACAGACCAGUGUUUAGCAAACAGUAAACAGACAUCUUUACAACAAGAAACGGUUAAGAAAAUUCAGGACACAGCUGGGACAAGUAGGGAUGAAAAAGAACUUAUCCUAGAGCCUCAGUCAGGGUCUCUAGUUCCAGAAGAGUCAAAUACUCCCUUCUCCAUUGACUGUGAAGUAAUCCCACAUGAUAAUGUCUCUGAUGUGGGAAUAUUUUAUAGAGUAGUCAAGUGCUUGGAAGAACUACAAGGUGCCAUUUACCGUUUGCAAAAGAAAAAUCUAUUCCCUUAUAAUCCCGCUGCACUUUUGAAGUUGUUAAAACAUAUAGAGGCAAUAUAUAAUAAAAGUAUGAACCCUUUGUAAAACAA